CCACUAUCCAUACAGUUAUCAGUAAGAAAAUCAAUAUUGCAACUACGUUUUGGUGCAAAGUGCCAAUAGUUUUCCCUUUAAAUUUGCUAUAAAAUAUAUUUAACUUCUAUACAUUAAGCUUCUUAAAGGGACAGUUCACCCAAAAAUGAAAAUUCAUCAUGUUGUUCCAAACCUUUAAACUCACUAGAAGAUAUUAAGAUAUUAGGCUCUAGUGACAUAAUUUUAUGUUGAGUGGUGUGAAAGUAGGCCUUGCAGUCUUGUAAAGGGACCCCAAAGGUGCCCAUAAAAUGCCUAAAAUAAUUACAAAUUAACUCAGAGGAAUGAAAAGGCCAUUUAUUUUUUGCAUUCAGUCAAGAUGCCAUGUCAGUAUCAGUGGAAUGGAAGGUCUGUUCUACAAAACUGAAUAGACUGGCUGCCAAUAUAGAGGUGAGUUAACAGAGGUUGUUGAGACAGAGUCAAAAGUGUCUUUACUAAAACCUAUUUCUUACAGAUAAUACCAUAACGCGGUCACUGCAUUUAUAAAUUAUCCUCUUGGUAUAGGACGUUAUUUUAAAAACGAAAAAAAAAAAAAACUGAAUCAGUCACCAAGUCCAUAAGCUACAUUAGGUGUCAAACGAGCGAACUACAAUUCCCACAAUCCUCAGCGAAAUCUGGUAAUGUUUACCCAGCAUUCUCCGCGACUGUGCAAAAUGGCGGCGAAUGCAAGCACAGACACAGCUGUCUUCGACUGCCCGUCAUGGGCAGGAAAACCUCCACCUGGACUCCAUCUGGACGUGGUUAAAGGAGACAAAUUAAUAGAGAAGCUGAUCAUCGAUGAGAAGAAGUUCUAUCUGUUCGGGAGGAACCCUGACCUCUGUGACUUCACGAUAGACCACCAGUCGUGCUCGCGAGUGCAUGCGGCGCUGGUCUACCACAGACACCUCAAGAGAGUGUUCCUCAUCGACCUCAACAGCACCCAUGGCACAUUUCUGGGCAGAAUCCGGCUCGAGCCCCACAAACCUCAGCAGGUGCCGAUCGACUCGACCAUGUCUUUCGGAGCGUCCACACGCGUCUACACGCUGAGGGAGAAACCGCAGACACAGAGCAGCUCCAGCACAGGAGACAGUAAAGGAGUGGAGGACGAGGAACUGAAGGGGCUGCUGGGACUGCCGGAGGAAGAGACCGAGCUCGAGAACCUGACAGAGUUCAACACGGCUCAUAACAAACGCAUUUCUACACUCACCAUUGAGGAGGGAAACCUGGAAAUCCAGAGACCCAAGAGGAAGAGGAGAAGCUCACGAGUUUCCUUCAGUGAAGAAGAGGAGAUCAUAAACCCAGAGGACGUGGACCCGUCUGUAGGACGCUUCAGAAACAUGGUGCAGACGGCUGUGGUUCCUAUUAAGAAGAAGAAGCUGGAAGGUCACGGCACGCUGGGAUUGGAGGAAAGCGUAGCGCGCCGGUUACAGAGCUUCCCGCUGAGCGCCGGGCUGUACGGAGACCUGCCGCCCGCCAGCCACGAGGCCGCAGGACAGGGCGGCUCGUCUGCCAUCACCGGCGGGAUGCCCCUGCCCUUCCCCAACCCCGCCCCGGAGGUGGACCUCUCGCCCACGACGGCGCAGCCGCCCGCUGUGCUGAACCCCACUCCCGCUCCCGGACCCUACUCGGCCGAGCCGCUCAACGAGCCGCGCAAGAAGAAGUACGCCAAGGAGGCGUGGCCUGGCAAAAAGCCCACCCCCUCCCUGCUGAUUUAACAUGGGACACACAAACUGUGACAGAUCUGAAGAUUACAUCUUGGAGUUCGUUUGAAGUUAUUGGUUCCAAACGGAACUUUUCUGAUACAUACUUCAUUAGUGCUGUCAAACGAUUAAUCGCGAUAAAAGAUUUUGUUUACAUAUGACGUGUGUGUAUUGUGUGUAUUUAUUAUGUAUACACUGCCGCUCAAAAGUUGGGGAUCAGUAAGAUUUUUAAUGUUUUUUAAAGAAGUUUCUUCUGCUCAUAAAGGCUGUAUCUAUUUGAUCAAAAAUGCAGAAUAAAAACUUAUUUUGUGAAAUAUUAUUGCAAUUUAAAAUAACAGUUUUCCAUUUUAAUAUACUUUAAAAUAU